UAUAAUUUGUGCAAAAAUGUCAAAAAAUCGUAAAAAAAUUGUAUCUUAGCAGUUGUUUUAGUGAAAUUUUAACUUAAAAUAAUGGAUUUAGAAAAUAUAAACAGCUGGGUCUCACAGCCAGAUGUAUGCAGGUGUUGCCUUUCGGCCAGCGGGACGUGGGAUGUCACGGCUUCUUACAUAUCUGAUUCGGGAAUCAAGGAAGUGUAUUUUGAAAUGCUUCGAGAUUGUUAUGGUAUUACUUUGUCCUAUCUCUCCAAGUGGGGCCCGAGCCGGAUGGUGUGCAAGCUGUGUGUGGGUCACCUGAGGGAGGCCUGCAGCUUCCGCGACCAGGUCAGGGCUGCGGAGAAACAUUUUACAGAAUACUGCAGCAGUAGAGACCAUAACACUGGCAUGGUGACAGUAAAAUUAGAAGAAAAUGUCAAAGCUAACAGUCCAGAAGCUGAUUUCAGUGAUAGGGGAGUCCCAUCUGAAGACGAAAACAAUCUAAUAUCGCCUCCAGUUGUAAAACCUGAAAAAAGAAUACAAAAGAGAAAGAAACAGAAAACAGAUAAAGUGAGACGAAAGAAAAAGAAAACUGAAACGGAAUACGAUUCAGACACGCCCAUUGCCAACAUGAUAGAUAAGAAUGAACCUUCAUGCGAUGAUAAUAAGGCUGUGAUUGGAAAUGUAAAAGAUGAAAUUCCCAAUGUUGAGACGAAUAAAUUAGGGCUGGUAUCGUUAAAAGUGCAAAGAAAGCAAAAGAUACCUUCACAGAGCAUCAUCGACAACCGCUCACUUCGCUCCAAUAUAACUUUAGUUCUCAAAAACACCUCUGUAGUUCCUUUCAGGCAUAUAAACAACAGUAAAUUCGCGUGCCUGUAUUGUGAAAAGGGGUUUCUAUUCUUCAAAGAAUUGAAAUCCCAUAUGGAAUCUCACAGGAAUAUAACGGAAGAAGAGAUUAACGUGUCUCUAAAAACUCCUAGAGAUUUAAUAAAGGCUGAUCUAAGCGAAAUAUCCUGUACGCUUUGUGGGGAAAACUUCAAAAACAUCGACAGUGUUAUAGAGCAUUUGGUAGAAGUCCACAAAAAGAUUUAUCAUCAGAACUUACGGAUGAAACCUCCUCACGGGAUUUUGGGUUUCGAUCUUAGCUCCGAACAGUUAAAGUGCAGUGUGUGUCAGAAACAGUUCAGGUUUUUUAAGAACCUAUCUGUCCACAUGAACGAGCACAGCACAUGUUUUAUGUGCCACGUGUGCGGCAAAAAAUUCAUAUCGGACCAUAGAUUGCAGACGCAUAUUAUGAUGCACAAACGGACGAAUAUAUUCUGCAAGCAUUGCAACAAAGACUUUAAGACUGUGGCAGCAAGGAACUACCAUAUACGGAAGGAGCAUAACGAAGCUCCUUACAAAUGUCCGGAGUGUUCUGAAAGUUUUACGCAGUACCACCACAGGUUGAAGCAUUUGGUUGAGCGUCAUAAGGUGAAGAAGCCAGAGUUUAAAUGCGAUAUUUGUGGGCGGGAGUUAGCUAGUUCUGGGGGGCUUGCAGCCCAUAAAAGGUAUUCCCACUUGAAAACAGUUCAGUACCCUUGCGAAUUAUGUGGGAAAGUAUUCGCGUACAAAUGGAUAUGGCAGAGGCAUAUGGAUGUCCACACUGGUGCCAAAAACUUUGAGUGUAAGUUCUGUAAUAAGAAAUUCGCUAAGUCGUAUUCACAGCAAAUGCACGAAAGGAUUCAUAUGAAUGAUAAAAGGUACGUCUGCGGAAUAUGUAAAGCGGCGUUUAUACAGAAGUGCAGUUUGAAGAACCACACUAAAGUCCAUCAUCCGGAGGCUGAUUUGAGCAAAUUGUGAAUUGGAAUAUGUAUUACUGUGAUGUGAUUUCUAGUCAAAAUUAAAUAAAAAAUCAAAACAUUGAAUUAAUUAAAGAGUAGAAUUUUUUCAAUCGCCAGUGGUGUCAAAAGUAAACCUUGCUCUAAAGUAACUGGUGAGAGAAAAACUGCCACAUUAGCUUGCUCACGCUAUCGGUUAUUUAUUGAUCUCUAUUAUGAUUGUACCCUUUCUGCCAUAAUCACUGCGAUAGUAUUUAUUUAAUAUU